AUGAAUUCAAGCAUCGUCAACACCCACGAGUACCCCUUCCACUUUGACAACCCCAUCAAGACGGAGCAGAAUGGGAAGCCCGGAGAGUUGAGGGGUGUGUCACUCUUCAUCUACCCAACCCUUCCGGAUACAGGAUAUAUCGCCCUGCAGGAAGUCUGCGACAAGGUCCAAGAGGCUGUUCGCCAAGUCUCAGUGCCCGUCAUGGCAGACGGCGAUACCGGGUACGGCUCGCCGAUGAACGCCAAAAGGACUUUGGAAUCUUUUGCACGUGCUGGAGCCGCCGCAUGUGGCCACACAAAGGGCAAGUCAGUCGUUUCCAGGGGCGAGGCCUUUAUCUGUAUGAAGGCAGCCGUCGACGCCCGAGAUGAAGGACUAGACAUUGUCAUCCAAGCGCGUACAGACUCUUAUAAUACCCACGGCUGGGAAGAAGCCAUCCACCGAGCCAACAAGUUUCUCGAAAUCGGCGUAGACCUUGUUUUCAUCGAGGCUCUUCCCGACAGAGACACAAUGAUCCGCGCCGUCAAGGAGGUCAAGGGCCUUCUCUGCGCCAACAUCAUCGAGGGCGGCCUCAUUGAGAACAUGCCAGCCAAGGAUCUUGCUGCCAUCGGCAUGGUCACCGUAGCCUAUCCUUGGACGCUCGUGGCUGCACAUCUGAGGAGCACAAGAGAGGCUCUCGAGUCGUUGAAGAAGAGCUUUUCUAUUGGGAAGCCGGAGCAGAAUCUCAGCUACAAGGAGGUCUGCUACGGAGUAGGGUUCAACAAGUACUGGGAAUUGGAGGAGAGAUACAAGUAUUAUGCCAAUGGUCUGACGAAUGGAGGAAAAAAGUCAGGUCAGAAUGGCGCGAGUGCGUAG